CUCUCACUCCCACCACUCUCAUCCAUUUCUUGCAAGCCAACCUCUGCACCCGGCCGGCUAGUCCCGCAGCUGCCAAGCUAAGCCAAGACCAAGCCAUGGGCAAGGACGACGUGAUCGAGAGCGGCGCCGGCGGCGGCGAGUUCGCCGCCAAGGACUACACGGACCCUCCCCCGGCGCCGCUGAUCGACGCGGCAGAGCUGGGUUCCUGGUCGCUGUACCGCGCCGUCAUCGCCGAGUUCAUCGCCACGCUGCUCUUCCUCUACAUCACCGUGCUCACCGUCAUCGGUUACAAGCACCAGACGGACCCGAACGUGGCCGGCACCGACGCGUGCGGCGGCGUGGGCAUCCUCGGCAUCGCGUGGGCCUUCGGCGGCAUGAUCUUCGUCCUCGUCUACUGCACCGCCGGCAUCUCGGGGGGGCACAUCAACCCAGCCGUCACCUUCGGCCUCUUCCUGGCGCGCAAGGUGUCCCUGGUGCGCGCGCUGCUCUACAUCGUGGCGCAGUGCCUGGGUGCCAUCUGCGGCGUCGGCCUCGUCAAGGCGUUCCAGAGCGCCUACUUCGACAGGUACGGCGGCGGCGCCAACUCCCUCGCCUCCGGAUACUCCCGCGGCACCGGCCUCGGCGCCGAGAUCAUCGGCACCUUCGUCCUCGUCUACACCGUCUUCUCCGCCACCGACCCCAAGCGCAACGCCCGCGACUCCCACGUUCCGGUGCUGGCUCCCCUCCCAAUCGGCUUCGCUGUGUUCAUGGUCCACCUGGCCACCAUCCCCGUCACUGGCACCGGCAUCAACCCGGCCAGGAGCCUGGGCGCCGCCGUCAUCUACAACAAGGACAAGCCAUGGGAUGACCACUGGAUCUUCUGGGUCGGCCCCUUCGCCGGCGCGGCCAUCGCGGCGUUCUACCACCAGUACAUCCUCCGGGCCGGCGCCAUCAAGGCCCUCGGCUCCUUCAGGAGCAACGCAUGAAACUAGUCUUCAGAAUUACCGUGAGAGCUGCUCGCAAAGGCUGCUACGUGUGCGUGUUGAAGCAAUGGCGAUCGACGCUUUGUGGGGAGAAUAAGUCUGCAAUCUGCCAUCAUCAUCAUCAGUGAAGUUCUUGCCGCUGGUCGUUUUGUUUCAGCAGCUGCGUGCGUGAAUUUGGCUUCCUUCCUCCUUGUAAUCAACCAUGUGUCGUAAUCUGUCAAGGGAUUAUUCCAUCUCCCCUCCUAGCAUGUAUCUCUAUUUAAUUAUUAUGUAGCGACGAUCAUCAUCAUCAUCGUCAUCAGUGAAACCUUGCUUCUGUCUAAAUCAACCUGUGGGUAGAAUCCUUCAGUCCCAAGCAUUGCA